AUGAGUGCACUCCUGUUCCUGGCCCUCGUGGGAGCUGCUAUUGCUUUCCCUGUUGAUGAUGAUAAGAUUGUUGGAGGAUACACCUGCCAGGAGAAUUCUGUCCCCUACCAGGUGUCUCUGAACUCUGGCUACCACUUCUGUGGAGGCUCCCUCAUCAAUGACCAAUGGGUGGUGUCUGCAGCUCACUGCUACAAAACCCGCAUCCAAGUGAGAGUGGGAGAGCAUAACAUCAAUGUCCUUGAGGGGAAUGAACAGUUUGUUACUGCUGAGAAGAUCAUCAGGCACCCUGGCUUUAGUUCGAGGACCCUGGACAAUGACAUCAUGCUGAUCAAGCUGGCUUCCCCUGUGGCCCAGGUGGCCACUGUCGCCCUGCCUGUCUCCUGUGCACCUGCUGGCACUCAGUGCCUCAUCUCUGGCUGGGGCAACACAUUGAGCUUUGGUGUGAACAACCCAGACCUGCUCCAGUGCCUGGAUGCCCCCCUGUUGCCUCAGGCUGACUGUGAAGCUUCCUAUCCUGGAAGAAUCACCAGUAAGAUGGUCUGUGCUGGCUUCCUGGAGGGAGGCAAAGAUUCUUGCCAGGGUGACUCUGGUGGCCCUGUGGUCUGCAAUGGACAGCUCCAGGGUAUUGUCUCCUGGGGUUAUGGUUGUGCCCUGAAGGACAGCCCUGGUGUGUACACCAGGGUCUGCAACUAUGUUGAUUGGAUUGAGAACACCAUUGAUGCCAACUAA